UCGGGAGUUUCUGGAUUCUUUAUCCGGUAUCUUAAGUGCCUUUGGGUAGCUGUCGUUUCUGCAGUAUUUAAAGGCGGCUGGGGCAGCAGGAUCGGCGGCCGCAGUGGCGCAGAGGCCAGCAAUAUAUGUGGUACUGUACUUCCUCAUGUUGCUGGGCAGUGGCAGCAAGCUAUAGCUCCCAGUCAGCCACGGGAUCACGAGGGUGAACACCUGAUACACUGCAGGAGUAAGAAAGUUAGCCUGAGUUCUGUGAAAAACCAGAGAAGAGAAACUAUGAGAAUAGUAGACAAGGUUUUUCAAUUUGCAUAAUAUUUCCUUCAUGGAUACAUUUUCAUAGCAUUAUUAUGUGAUGGGAGAAGUUGUUUUUUUGUGGUUUUUUUUUUGAAGUAACAUGGAUUUUAUACUACAGAAUCAAGAGAUUGGCUUUAUAGGAAAAAUUGAUAUAUAAAAAGUGGUACAGGUUUUUAUAGAUAACCAUGACAACAUCCCAUAUGAAUGGGCAUGUUACUGAGGAAUCAGACAACGAAGUAAAAAAUGUUGAUCUUGCAUCACCAGAGGAACAUCAGAAGCACCGAGAGAUGGCUGUUGACUGCCCUGGAGAUUUGGGCUCCAGGAUGAUGCCUGUACGUCGGAGUGCACAGUUGGAGCGUAUUCGGCAACAACAGGAGGACAUGAGGCGUAGGCGAGAGGAAGAAGGGAAAAAGCAAGAACUUGACCUUAAUUCUUCCAUGAGACUUAAGAAACUAGCCCAAAUUCCUCCAAAGACUGGAAUAGAUAACCCUAUAUUUGAUACAGAAGAAGGAAUUGUCUUAGAAAGUCCUCAUUAUGCUGUGAAAAUAUUAGAAGUGGAAGACUUGUUUUCUUCCCUUAAACAUAUCCAACAUACAUUGGUAGACUCUCAGAGCCAGGAAGAUAUUUCACUGCUUUUACAACUUGUACAAAAUCAAGAUUUCCAGAAUGCAGUUAGGAUACACAACGCUGUCACAGCCCACAUGGACAAAGCCAGUCCUCCAUUUCCUCUCAUCUCCAACGCCCGAGAUCUUGCACAAGAGGUACAAACUGUUUUGAAGCCAAUCCACCAGAAGGAAGGACAAGAAUUAACUGCUUUGCUGAAUGCUCCACAUAUUCAGGCACUUCUACUGGCCCAUGAUAAGGUCGCUGAGCAGGAAAUGCAGCUGGAGCCCAUUACAGAUGAGAGAGUUUAUGAAAGCAUUGGCCAGUAUGGAGGAGAAACUGUAAAAAUAGUUCGUAUAGAAAAGGCUCGAGAUAUUCCAUUGGGUGCUACAGUUCGUAAUGAAAUGGAUUCUGUCAUCAUUAGUCGGAUAGUAAAAGGAGGUGCUGCAGAGAAAAGUGGUCUUUUACAUGAAGGAGAUGAAGUUCUGGAGAUUAAUGGCAUUGAAAUUCGGGGGAAAGAUGUCAAUGAGGUUUUUGACUUGUUGUCUGACAUGCAUGGUACUUUGACAUUUGUUCUGAUUCCCAGUCAACAGAUCAAGCCUCCUCCUGCCAAGGAAACUGUAAUCCAUGUAAAAGCUCAUUUUGACUAUGACCCUUCAGAUGACCCUUAUGUUCCAUGUCGAGAGUUAGGCCUGUCCUUUCAAAAAGGAGAUAUACUUCAUGUGAUCAGUCAGGAAGAUCCAAAUUGGUGGCAAGCCUACAGGGAAGGGGAUGAAGAUAAUCAGCCUCUAGCUGGGCUUGUUCCAGGGAAAAGCUUUCAGCAGCAAAGGGAAGCCAUGAAGCAAACCAUAGAAGAAGAUAAGGAGCCAGAAAAAUCAGGAAAGCUGUGGUGUGCAAAAAAGAAUAAAAAGAAGAGGAAAAAGGUUUUAUAUAAUGCCAAUAAAAAUGAUGACUAUGACAAUGAAGAAAUCUUAACUUAUGAGGAAAUGUCACUUUAUCAUCAACCAGCAAAUAGGAAAAGACCUAUCAUUUUGAUUGGUCCACAGAACUGUGGCCAGAAUGAAUUGCGUCAGAGGCUCAUGAACAAAGAGAAAGACCGCUUUGCAUCUGCAGUUCCUCAUACAACUCGCAGUAGGCGAGACCACGAAGUAGCUGGCAGAGAUUACCACUUUGUUUCUCGGCAAGCAUUCGAGGCAGACAUAGCAGCUGGAAAGUUCAUUGAGCAUGGCGAAUUUGAGAAAAAUUUGUAUGGAACCAGCAUAGAUUCUGUACGUCAAGUGAUCAACUCUGGGAAAAUAUGUCUUUUAAGUCUACGUACACAGUCAUUGAAGACUCUCCGGAAUUCAGACUUGAAACCAUAUAUUAUUUUUAUUGCACCCCCUUCACAAGAAAGACUUCGGGCAUUAUUGGCCAAAGAGGGCAAGAAUCCAAAGCCAGAAGAGCUGAGAGAAAUCAUUGAGAAAACUAGAGAGAUGGAGCAGAACAAUGGUCACUACUUUGACACGGCAAUUGUGAAUUCAGACCUUGAUAAAGCCUAUCAGGAAUUGCUUAGGUUAAUUAACAAACUUGAUACUGAACCUCAGUGGGUGCCAUCCACCUGGCUGAGGUGAAGGAAGCCCUUUCUGUGGCAUGUGUGGACUUGAUCUGGCGAACUGCCAGUACGAAGGUAAACCUGAUACUUCAGCAAGACUCGAAGGGUAAGGUGGCAGGCAGUGUAGACCUGUUCUAAGAUCUCAAACUAGGGAGAAAAUCCCCGUAAGUAAUUUGUGCACAGCAGUCUUUAUUCUCUAUGGCUUUAGGUUCUUGCCUCAUUCGGGGAUUCCAAAUGGAUGCUUUCAACAGCAGUUCCAUUUUGUCUAUGUAAAAACCUAUUAUUUUCACCUAAAUCUUUUCUGGCUAGUCAUAUUUUGAUGAAGUGUGUGUAUAUACACAACAGUCCAUGUCUCACAUAAUUAUAAAUAUUGAUGUUAUUUAACAGUUAACUUAAAUGACUUCAUGGGAAUUGGGGCGGGGGGUAGGGACCAUGCUUCUGUGUACUGGGCAAGACUUUAUUUGGUUAGAAAACUGGUUUAGUCGUCAGAAAUAUUUCGCUUAGAUUUUUCUCAUGUGCUGCAAGUAUAAUAUACUCAUCAGAUUUUAGUAACUUACAACAAAAAAUACAUUAAGUAUUGUUUAUAAUGAUUUUAAAAAAUUUUUAUGGUGCCACUUUGGUCUGGAGCCACUCUGUUAGGCUUGAAUUCAUUUGUAUGUCUUUUAAAAACAUUCCAUUUAGAAGCACCAGUUUUUAGCUCAAACUUUGUCUAUCAGACUUUACUGCACAUUCAACAGAUUCUGAUCUAGUUUAAGCAUAUACAGCAUCCUGGUCUUUUUAAUGAUUUUCUGAAUUUUGUCCUUAAAUUGUCACAGCUAGUUAGAUAACCUUGCUUCCUUUCUAUGCUCUGCAUAGUACAAUAGAAUGUAUGUUACAUUUUUAUGAAUGGUAGAUGUUCAUGUAAACUGUGGAGACUGUUAAGUUUCUUUCUCAUGAUGCAGUUAUUUUAUAUACAUGAGAGGGCACAGAACAUUUGACAGUUUUUGCAUUUUUAUAUUAGGGGCACAGUAUAAUUUGAUGACUGUGUUAUAUAUAGUUAAUAAACUGGAAUUCUGUGAUGAAUAUAGCUGCUGUACUGUAGACUAAUAUAAUAGAUUGGCAAAUGGUCAUUGAUAACACUUGUUCAGCAUUGUAUUAAAAUUAUAUCUGAGGGAAAUACUAUAACAGUUGACUUUGAGACCAGAAGGAAAGGAUAACCUGAAAGUCAUUUGAACAUUUUAGGAAAGAACAUGGGGGAGCGGGGUGGUUAAGCACAUAUAAAGAGGUUUUUAUCCUAACAAGUUCUGUUCCUUGUGACCAUAAUGCAAGAGCUUGCUAAAUCCAAAAUGUUUAAGCUAAUGGGAUUUUCACACUGGCAUGGAAAGGUAAUUUGUAGUCUUUUCAAGCCUUUAGGGAUGGUGUGAUGUGACAGACAACCUCAAAUGUGAAUAUCUUCAUUUUGUUUUUAUAGUGACUUUAGCUAAGCAUUUCCUGUUCUCAAAGUGAAACACUGGAAUAAUACUGAGUUGUCACAUAACUUAACGUAAGCAGUUGUUUUUAAUUAGUGGUUUGUCUCAGUGUUGUGUAUGUGAUUAUUUUCUCUUCUACUUAAUUUUAUUUGAACAAAUGUAAACAGUUUGUAAGUUGCGUUUUUCUGUUCAAAUUUGCAUGGCCUUGAAGUUGGCUGCAGAGUGCGUCUUAUGUGGAAAUGCUUUAAUGUUUAUUGGGAAGAAAGUAACAUUCCUGGGUUAAGGGAAGGAAUGCUGUACAUACUGUCUCUUCAGGUCUGAGACACUCCAAGUACUUUAUAGCAGGAAAUGCAAAGCUCACACUAAUAUUCAGCAUCGAAAACCAAGGAAUAUAAGCACUUCAUCUUUUCAGUCUUGCAGUUUACUUUCUCCUCAGGAACGAAAGGUAGUCUGUGGUAGACAGUGGAGUUCUGACAGCUGUUUUCAAACCUAAGGUCUCAACUUUUGGAGUCGGAAUUGCGUUAGAAUGAGAUUUCCAGGAGUGUCAGUAGUGGCUGUCGUGCUGUCCCCUCAAUAACCUGCGGGUAGAUCCAUACUCGGCCAUAUGCCGUAAGACUCAGACAUGGCUUUCACAAGCAAAUCCCCUCCCAAGGCACAUGCCAUGCCGUCGUACACUUUAAGAAGUCUAAGGUGACGAGAUGUGUUUGGGGUCAGUGAAGUCUUACAUUCUUUCUUUCCUCAUCAGCAAGGGCAGUGGUAGUGUAGGGAGAGGGAUAGGAGUGUUAGUCUCAGCGCCAUGGGUGUGCUGACACCCCACCCAGGCCCUGAACAGAGUGAACAGAGUGUUGCUGACUUCUUGAAACAAAACGGAGAACGCCCUUGCAGGUUACCUACCUAGUCAUCAAACCGCUGUGGCCAGGUCUGUUUCCUCUGGUUCUGACUGGAGACCCUAAUGUAGGGAGGUCUUAACCACUUACAGGAAUGAUACCCGUAGCUACUACAGUGCACAUGGUAGUUCAAAUAAGGAAAUAUCUUCCUUUACUAAACUUUAACUCAGAACAAAUGGAAAGGAGAAUAGCAUUUAGACUAAUCCAGAUUUGCUUUCUAUGAAAAUCUUAAUGUCUGGAUUAUUUCUUCCCAUUUUUCAUGGUCUAAGGAGUAAGUAUUGAUAAGGAAUAAUUUGAAUGUAAUUUUAUGAAUGUGUGUGGAAAAUACGAACCAGGGAUUUAGCCUUAAUAAGGUAACCUUUCUGACAUUUAUUUUUAAUCCUCCUUUGUAUGCUCAUCCUGUAUCUGCACUCUUGUUAUUUCAAGAUGUCAUACUGCACACUGCAUUGUAAAAAUAAAAAGUAAAAUUAUAUUUCAAAUAAAGAAA